ACACACCAUGGAGGUCUGGCUUAUUCUGGAGACACCGAUCGGUUAAUGGCGGGAAAGGAGCAUUAUGGGUAACAGGACAGUUGUACAGAUCUGUUACAGGAGAUGGUCAGAGACUGCAGACAUACUACAGGAGAUGGUUAGAGGAUGCAAACAUAGUACAGGAGAUGGUCAGAGACACCAGAUCUGUUACAGGAGAUGGUCAGAGACUGCAGACAUACUACAGGAGAUGGUUAGAGGAUGCAAACAUAGUACAGGAGAUGGUCAGAGACACCAGAUCUGUUACAGGAGAUGGUCAGAGACUGCAGACAUACUACAGGAGAUGGUUAGAGGAUGCAAACAUAGUACAGGAGAUGGUCAGAGACACCAUGGAGGU